GGCAUCACAAUCCCAACCGAAUUAACGCGUCUGGGGAACCGGGACGGCAGCCGCUCCGGUUGAGCGGGAAAAACGCGCCCCGGCGGGAGGCAGCUGCCCGCCCACGCGCCAGGGGGCGCCGCCGCGCAGCCCCGCCCAGAGCGCCCCGGCGCCGGGAGAAGCCUGAGGCGACGGGACGGACCCCAGGCCCACCAUGCACACUGAACCACCUCUCACCCGGCCCCGCCGAACCGGAGCGCUGCCCCCGGUACACCUCGGGGUGCGCCGGCUGCCUCGGCCUUGCCGCUGCGAUCGCACCGACCGGCCGCUGCGCCGCCCUCCCGCACCCGCAGCGCGGACGAAGCUCCGCUCACGCGCACUGCCCGCUGUGCGCGCAGCCAAUGGGGAGCGAGCCCCGCCCACUGCCCCUCCCUGGUGGGCGGGGCCGGGGCGCCGCGCGGGUCUCUCAGGAGAGCGGGACCGGUGAAGCGGGGGCCGCCGGUUCGGUUCCUGUCGCGCAGCCCGGGUCCUGUUCCGUUACUUGGAGCCCACCCGUGGCCCGGCGCCGGCGCGAUCGCACAGCCGACAGUACCGGGCGAGCUCCGGGAAGAGCCGCCCCGCAGCCUGCGCUCACGCCCCGGCCUGAGGAGACGGCGGGCGGGCGCUUGGCGCGGCGUUGAUGCCGUCGCCUCAGCGGGUGCCCGGAGACGGCGCGUGACGAGGACCGGGAUGCAGCAGACUUUCCUGCCCAGUGAAAAACUCACCAGAGUCUCAAGAAGGAUGAGCAAUCUGAGGGAAUUCCCUUUAUUCCACAGCUCUUUCCUGCAUUGGGUCAGUGCAGUGUCACAGACAAACCAGAUGAAAGAGGGAACUGCCCAGCUAUCCACCUUUGCUGCAAUUAUCUCUCUUCUUCUCUCAAGUACAUCUAAGAGAAGAAUACAUGAACUGUACCAGAGCUGGACUACAACAGAACAGGAAAGCUACAGUUCUGCCUUAGCACUUGAAGCAUAGGCACAAAAAACAUGCUGUCAGAUGGAGUAACAUGAAGAUAUUGUCACGCCUGCCACUGCAGAGGGAACCCCAGAAGCUGGGGGGCUGCAGAGAGACCAUGUCCAGUCUUCAGAGGCUGCUGCAGCAUCAGAUAUAUCUGGUAAAGUGGACAGACACUGCGUGGGUCAAAGAAUUCCAGCCCCAACCUGUUGUGUUGUAGGUUAAAAAACUGCAAGCUGCAGUGGGGAAUAUGCAUCACUGAACACAAAACCACAAGCAACAGAAAACUAAGAACACAUAUGUGCUUGACCUCAGCACUGCUGCCUGGAAGUUGUGCUCAAACCAACAAAAACAUUUCAGUGGCUGGAAAAGAUGAACAGGCCUGGUUGCCAAGUCAUGGCCCAAACUAUUCCAGGGGGCAGAAAAGACAGCUGGACUGCUGGUAAAGAACAAGGCUAUUUAAGGAGACUCCUCCUGGCCUAAUGGAAAAUGCAAGGAUGUAAUUAUCAAUUAUUUUAAACUAAAACAACAUUUCAGACCUAGGAAAAAAACCAUCACAAGGAAGCACAAGAGCUGGCAGCUGAAUCCAGGUACCAAAAGAGCAGAAUGUGCUGUGCUUUAGAAGCAAGAAAAUCGGUUUGUUUCCACAAGAUGGUGAUUCUGGAGAGCGCUUCAACCUACAAAGCAAACUCUGAACGUCGUUCCAAGCAUUGACACGGAGCUGACCUGAUCACAGCAUCAGAUCCCAGGGGUUAUCACAAGGCAGCCACAAAAGCGCCCUCUGGGCAGCUGCUCCCUUUGUGCUGCCCAGCGUUCCGUACUAAGAAUUCCUGUGCAGAAUUCUGGCUGUCACCCAGGAUGUGUGUUACAGAGCAACGCACAAAGCAAGUCACCAGCACUGCAGAGUGCCUGGGAGAAGGGACCAGCACACACCUGUGCAGGGGACUCAGCUGAAAUCCAGAGAGCAUUUGCACAAUUCACUUCGGAUACGUGAGAACAGGAUCAAGUCUGAGAGUUCAGUGAGGCCUAAGGAAGUUGAUGGCAAGCAGAGAAAAACAAAAGCCAUCAUGCACGUGACACACAGCACCAGGAUGUCCAGUUUUGUGAAGUUCAGCCCAGGAAUUGUCCCCCUUCGUAUAAUUCAGUGCACAAAGCUGCUGUUUUCUCUCCCAAUCCUCAUCGAGUCUGAGUGUGGAGCUGCCUGCAGGGCUUGGACAGGGAACAAGACUUUCCCAGGUCCUUGAGAAUUAAGCACUUGUGGCUAUCUUGCUGGACCUGAGAUGUUAUGGGAGAGUCACUCUUCCCAAAUCACCAGUUUGUCUUUGCACCCACGUUUCCAUAGGGUGUUGAUGUGCCCGCCUGUUGUGCUUCACCGGCGUGUCCUGGUACAGUCAGUGGAUACAGCCCUUUAUCGCACCUUUCUGGGAUGGUGGAUUCAAAAGCAGCAGUAGAACAGGAUUCGCAUCCCCAAGUCCAGCCUGUGAGCGCUGCAAUGAUGAAGUGGUACAGCAGCAAACACUCACAAGAGGCCCUCGGAGUUGCUGCCCUGCCAAGUCUUUGCUGCAGGAAACGUGGGAUCUUCCCUCGUCUUGAGCACCUUUGCUUUCAUCUCCCGCGGAAGGUGUUCCCGUGGAACCAAAAGGUCCGAUCCGGGGAUCCCGCUCCGAACCGGGUGUGGAGGCGACACAGAAAAACGUGCGUGUACCCAGUGUUGCUGAAGGCUCUUGCCCCGCUUUGUCCUGGUUCUUGUCACCUGGAGGACCCCACGGUGCGGCCGGUGAGCAGCGGGGCCGCGCGGCUGCCCCGGGAUCCCCAGGGUCUGCGCUGGGAGAGGCUUUGGCGCUGUAGAACAGAUACUGAGGAGUUCUGGAGGUCCAGGGCGGCUUACAGGAUAUUCAGAGAGUUGCCUCCCUUAUUCUUCAGCUCUGAUAUUGAUCUUCUGCUCUUCAGUGGCCCCUGCGUCAUGUAUAAGAGCGGCGCCGCUGACGAUUCACAUCAAGGCUCCUGGAGAGCAGUGCGGUUAUCGGAAAGAGAACACGUUUUGAGCCAGCGUGAGCUGCUUUCCAACCUGCCCUUUGGUACAGGGACGUUUAUUUAAAUAGCCAAUCCUCAUUUUGAAAAGCAGGGAGGGGGAGAUGGAAAAUCCUGUGUGCAGUAGCCACAGAAGCUGCUCCACCACCGAGCAGGCACCCGGCCAACUGGAUGCAUGGGCAUGUAUGCAGACAGCCAGAGGGACAGAUGGAUCAAAUCAGAUUUAUGAGCCUGUCCAGGUCUCUGAUGGCAGCACAGCUUCCAGUGUCACCACUCCUCCCAGCAGAUAACAGUAAGUUGGAAGUGCACAAACAUCAGACUUCAUCACAUUAAUCCCAGGAUGGUCACAGCAGAUAAUCUGAACACAACCGCAACGUUCUCAUCUCUGUGGCGGUGACUCAGUUACAGAUGCUCAGCGCAUCCGUUCUAACCUUACGGCAAAGCAUCAGCAGCUGCUACGGAGACGGUUAAGGCAAUGUUUUGAAGGCGACUUUGAAGUAAAAUUUCACUUGUCCUUAGCGUUCCGUCCCCAUGAACUGAACCUAUUCCGCUGACAGGUAAACUGUAACUGCAUAGCUAUAAAUAUUUAAUGCUGCUAUAUAAACUAUAACCACAUAAAGUAGUACGUGUCUCUCUUGCUAAAGUGUUUGAUUACAUAAGUUCUGUAAGUGUAAAGUAACUGUAUAAACUAAAACUACAGCAAAUUUUAGUUGAGUGAACACUCCCUGGUUAAUUAAUAGUCCAGCAUUUGCGGUUGAAAUGGAUGCUUUAGACAAUAGGCCAGAAGAUGGAGAUGGACAGAAGAUGGACAAUAGGCCAAGAAGUGAUGCACCAGGAGAAAAACAAACCAAAAAGACCCCAAACAAGCAAAAAACCCAAAGAACUCAACCCCCUAAUUUUACAUUUAUAGUAAUUAGCUCUGAACUGACUAUUAAAAAUCAGGAAAAAUACCUAUAAUACUACCAUGAAGAGUAGGCAAUUAUUUCUCUUGCAGCAGCAGCCUGAUAAUUGAACUCUGUAGGCUGGAAAGGAGUAAAAUAAUGUGUGAAUUUGGUGCUGAGGGCGCAUUUAACCCAUUGAGAAGCCAGCUGGAGCUGCCACGGCUGCUCCUCUCGCCGGCGCUGCCGGCGUCGGGCUCACCCGGUGCUGCGGGAUCUCUCCAAGCCUCGUGUCCCCCGGCAGAACCUGGGACAGGAAUCCCACGUGGUCGCAAAAAUGGGGCAGAAAAACCGUUUUGAAUGUCUCAAAAAAGGCUGUUUAUAACCUGAGCACUAGUGAAUGGAACUAUAAAAACCCAGUUACUGCGGUUGGUUAUUUUUAAUUUUUAGUUUAUUGGAAAAUUGUCCACAUUUGUCAAUUUUAUGUUGAUCUGUGGUGACUGAUGAUAAAAAUGACACUAAACUAACCAGGAGUUUUUUCCAAGAAAUUAUCAUUAGCCUUAUAGAACAGUCACUAAGACCAAACAUUGUUGGAGAAAAUACACCAUUAACGAAGGGCCAUUGGUGUGAACGGGGGGGAUAAGACGUUGUGAGGCAGCGCUGGUCUCUCUGUGUCUGCUCAUUUACUUUCUGCUGUGGGAAGCCCUGAUGGAGUGAAAUGCAUUUUUGUAACUCAUGGAGUGAUGUGCAUUUAACUCUCUUCUUUCUCGCUGGUUUCCAUGUCUCGCCGGGCGACGAGUGGGCUUGGUGGAAGAAAAGAGAAUGUCCCUGGAGAAGAUUUCUGACUUUUCCCCCUGGGUGGCUCCGGUGUGACAGUCAAUCCCCUCGGCACAGUCGGCACAGUGGGCGACCAGCAUCCCCAUCAGCACCGUAACCGAACCAGGGUCCUUUACGGCUCUCCAAAUUUACAUUGUCAUCGGCCUUUUCAUUUCUUUAUUGACAUUGAUUGUCCCAUCGCAUUAAAAAGACAAAUCAGAGCUGGAAGUUCACAUAAUUUCCCUACCUGGGUACAGUGUUUUCAGGUUGGGUUUCUCUCGUUACAUUUAGAAAAGCUCGGGGUAUUUUGGGACCCUUCCCCUCUGCCGCGCACAUGUGCACAGAGCCUUAAAUACAAAACCAACAAAUUACCCGAUUGUGUAUGUCUAGAAAAUUAUUUGGUUGUUUCACGUUUAAAUUCUGAUUUCUGUGCCCGUGCUUGUUCCAGUAACGUUUCAAACCGUGGUUUAGGACAGUCCUGAGUCUAAGCAAAGAUCGAUAACUUCUUUUUAAGCAGCAAAACUCAUGUAGGGGGUGUCUAAGGAGCUGGGGCAGUUUGAGGCACUGAGCUUGAUCUGGGUUGGAGGAGGAUCCACAUUUUGGGUUGGUUUGUGCACAUUUGGUGUGUGGCUUCUCUUCUUUUUUUCCAUCUCUGACAUUUUCCUCUGGCUCACUUUGGGUUAAUCCCAAUAAUUAAUAAUAACGAAUAGUGGCAAGCAAUCCCUGCCAUUUCUUAAAGCACCACUUGUACCUGGGGCCAUGGAACCCUGUUCUAGGGACGAUUCCUGUGACACACAGAGAUGGGGCACAGGAUUUAGUAAAAACAAUAGUGCUAAUACCUAUGGAAGGACGUGUAUAGAGUUGUCAAAUAUUGUCCUAGACCCGUUGUCGCCAUUCUUGACGCCCCCAGUUGCGUUGCUGGGUAUUUUACACGCACGCAGUGCCGUUUAUUCGGAGGUGAGCGGCUCGGCUGGCUCCUCUGUGUAUUUCUAACACCUGGGUGGUUUGGUGGUUUUUAAAUGACAUUUUUCGAAUUUGAGCCGGUUCAUGUCCGGCUGUUGCUGUCAGUUGCUCUGGUUUAUUGCAGAAAGGGAGUUUAUUUGCUUUCUAGAAUGAUUUCUAUUGGAGGGUAUAAGAGAGGUAAUAAGAAAAUACAUGUUUAUAAAGAAAAUGCUCAUUUUAACUCCCAUAAUCUAUUUUCUCUUUGAGAAAUAAAUGUAUUAAAAAAUA